GCUUCUUCUGUCAGCCGGUCUCACACUUAAUUACCCACACAUAACACCAAUACAUAUCCAGGCAUAUUACAAUAAUAUGGGAAAAGUGUUCUAUGUUUUCUCCGUUUUAAACUUUUUGCUCGUUACUUGUACCGCGGAGAAAGCAAUGGAAACCAUGGUGGCCACGUGGGAGGGGGUGGUGAUUGCAGAGUCGGGAAAUUGCGUCGUUGUGGAGGGCAAUCAAUACUUUCCUGCAGAUUCGAUCAAAAUGGAAUAUUUUGAAAAGUCGGAUACAACAACGGUUUGUGGGUGGAAGGGGACCGCAAAUUAUUACAAUGUUCGCGUUAAUGGAAAGGUUAACAAGGAUGCUGCUUGGUAUUAUGCAGAGCCAAAGGCUGCAGCGGAGAAUAUCAAAGGGCGAGUAGCCUUUUGGAAGGGCGUCGUGGUGAAGAAAUCUCCCAACGCGGAGUUGUAGGAUGAUAAU